CAACAAAGUGCAGAAAGUAGAUGUGAGAUAUUUACUGCGACCUUGUUUCCGUCGUCACCUGUGAAAUUCCCCUUUUAAACCUUCUCUUCUCUCUCGUUCAUCCCAAUUUCAUCUCUUUCUCUCGCUAGCUUAACUAAAUUCUAUAAUCUGAGAAGAUGAACAAACAAACAUCCCUCUCAAUUCGGAUCUUCUACAAGUUUCUAAAAUCAUGCAUCAUUCCUCCGACGUCGAUAACAGAUCACUAAAGAUGAUGGUAUUGGAGAAGAAGAGAACAAGGAUGAAACUGAAGGUUCAAACAAUAAUGGUGAAGACUUGUAGCAUCCGAUUACAAUGAGGACGACAUCUCAGAUCUGAAAUAGACCUCUCUGAUUAGGGAAAAAAAAGGAGAGGGGAAGUAGUACGACGUUUGUGAGUUCGGGCCAGACGCAAGAGUCGAAGUCAAACGAGAAGAAGACCCGGGAGCGGAUUCCCCACCGGCGAGAUCUGGGAAGGCAACGGGAGUCAGAGGAUCGGUAUUAAGAACAAAUGGCAGUGGUACAAAAGAGAGAAUGCAAGAUCGAGGUAGCUAGUAUACCUCGAUUGAUUACGUAUAUGUGGCAAACAGAUGCUGAUCUCCAGCUUUUUGGUAUUAAGCACCUGCGACAAAUUCUCUAUUUAGAACCCUGUCCGGUUGAAGAAAUUAUUUCAUCUGAGAUUGUGCCACGUUUUGUGGAGUUUCUCCAUUUGAAUGAUCAUCAAGAGCUUCAGUUUGAAGCAGUCUCAUGUUUUGCAAUCAUUUCAUCAGAGCGUCCAAAAGUGAUUGAUCUCUAUAAUAUUCUGCCGGUACUUGUUAGCCUAGUGAGCUCCCCAUGCGCCAAAAUUUCAAAUGAGGCUAUAUACACAUUGGGAAAUGUAGCUGGCAAUCAUCUAAAUUGGAAUUGCAGUGGAGCUUUUGAUGCGGUUGUAGCUCGUUUGAAUGCAUUACUAGGUCAGGAGGAACCUUUUAUGCUAAAAGUUUGUAGUUGGACACUUGCAAACUUUUGCAAGGGUGUGCUUACCUCUGAUCAGAGAGCAGAGGCAAUCACCAUAUUUAAACAGCUCUUGAACGAGCAAGAUUAUGUAGUUGUUACAUUUGCAUGCUGGGCAGUCUCUGAUAUCUCUAAUGGUCAAGUUCACUCUUUAAUUGAAAAUGGAAUUGGUUCUCAACUUGCUGACCUUCUAAAAAAUAAUUAUCGCAAUUAUACUCCAUCGGUUCUGAUUCCUAUGCUUCUGACACUUCUGAACAUUUUGAAAGAAGAUGACUCUGAAUUUCUGACGUCCCCUAAGAUCAUGUCAGACAUCUUGAUGUAUGUUCUUUCUCGUAAUAAUCACAAAGGUCUCCACAAUAUCAUCUACAAAAUCAUUUCAGACCUUGCAGUAACUAGCGAAAUUCUUAUUCAGUGCAUGUUGGACAGUAAGAUAAUUGAUGCUCUUCUUUACUAUCUGGAUUUGGUGGCUGAGAGGAAUACAGAGGCCUGGAAUGCAGCUAAGGUUCCUAAGAAAGUUUUUGUGAUUAGGGUGGAUGACAUUAAGGAGGGUGAAGAUGAUGAGACUGAUGAGGCUGCACUAGCAUUAGCACAUUUGAUAUCUAAUGUUAGAUUCGAUCUAGUGAGGGAAUUAGUUGAGAGAGGAUGUAUAAAACAGUUGUGUUAUCUCCUGUCAAAGAAAAACCCAAGGCAACACCCAGGAGUUGUUGCAGCCUGUUUAGAUGGCAUCCUCAACAUGCUAAAUGUUGCGAAGUCGUUUGAUAAAUCUUUUGUCAUUGAAGCUUUCGAAGAUGAUGAUUACUCUUCGAGUAUAAUGGACUUAGCUAUGGAAGAAUGUAACUGUGUCAUUGUUGAGGGCAUUACCACGAAAGCAACUACCAUUUUUAAUAUGUUGCCUUGAACAAGAUGUCAAUAGAUUAGCUUGCACUAUCACACUACACCUUUUGGGCAAGGAAGCGAGACAAAGACCGCUAGAGUCUCUAGAUUGAACACUUAAUGGCAAAUACUAUGAUUCAAUAUAUUUGGCGCAAAUUAUUAUUAUGUCAA